AUGACUACCCUCCAUUACUUGCCUCCCGUGAAGCCCUCGGCUAUCGCCUUGGGUACAUUCUUCACCCACACUGCCUCCCUCGGCAUCUUGGCCCCUAUCUUCGGUGACACCUACCACCGCGCCCAGGCCGCGAACUCCAAGGAGGAAUUCAUUAAGUCGAAGGAAGCCGCAGGUGCUGCUGCCGCUUGGGGAUCCUCCCUUGUCGGAAGCGCUGUGCAGACAUAUGGUGUAGCUGCCCUCAUCAACGCCACUGGUACUCUCAGCUACAAGGGUGCUGCCUACCUCGGCUCAUUGAUCUUUUUUGCUAGCGCCGCUCCUUCUGUUGUGAGUCAACUGUUCUUGGAGAAGCGUCCUCUAGAUACAGUUGCCGUUGGUACUGUAUCUCGCGUGUUCGAGACUGUCGGUCUCAGCUUGUUCUUGACUUGGUGGGGAACUCGCACCAACCCGUUCGACUAG